AUGGGAAAGAUGCAGCUGGGCUGCUUUCUGCUGCUCCUCGGACCAGCCCUUCUCGCCGCCGAGGCCAGGGAGCUGCCACACUCGAGGGGCCGCUCGAGAGGGCGGCUCAGUCGGACCCACCCGCAGACGACCCUGCUGGGGAGCUCCUGUGAGAACAAACGGGCAGACCUGGUCUUCAUCAUUGACAGCUCCCGCAGUGUCAACACCUAUGACUAUGCAAAGGUCAAAGAGUUCAUCAUGGACAUCCUGCAAUUCUUGGACAUUGGGCCUGACGUCACCCGGGUGGGCUUGCUCCAAUAUGGCAGCACUGUCAAGAAUGAAUUCUCCCUCAAGACCUUCAAGAGGAAAUCGGAGGUAGAACGUGCUGUCAAAAGGAUGAGGCAUCUGUCCACGGGCACCAUGACGGGGCUGGCCAUUCAAUAUGCCCUGAACAUUGCAUUCUCGGAAGCAGAGGGAGCCCGGCCCCUGAAGGAGAAUGUACCAAGGGUCAUAAUGAUUGUGACAGACGGGAGGCCUCAGGACUCAGUGGCUGAGGUGGCGGCAAAGGCGCGGGACACAGGCAUCCUGAUAUUUGCCAUUGGCGUGGGCCAGGUGGACCUCAAUACACUAAAGGCCAUUGGGAGCGAGCCCCAUGAAGACCACGUCUUCCUUGUGGCCAACUUCAGCCAGAUUGAAUCCCUGACCUCGGUGUUCCAGAAGAAGUUGUGCACGGUCCACAUGUGCAGCGUCUUGGAGCAUAACUGUGCCCACUUCUGCAUCAACACCCCUGGCUCCUAUGUCUGCAAAUGUAAGCAAGGAUACACCCUCAACUCGGAUGAGAAGACUUGCAAAAUCCAGGACCUGUGUGCAGUGGAGGACCAUGCCUGUGAGCAGCUCUGUGUGAACGUGCCAGGCUCCUUCGUCUGCCAGUGCUACAGUGGCUACACCCUGGCUGAAGACGGGAAGAGGUGUGUGGCUGUGGACUAUUGUGCCUCAGAAAACCAUGGAUGUGAACACAAGUGUGUGAAUGCUGAUAACUCCUACGUCUGCAAAUGUCGUGAAGGAUUUGCUCUUAAUCCAGAUGGAAAAUCAUGCACAAAGAUAGACUACUGUGCCUCAUCUAAUCACAGAUGUCAGCAUGAGUGUGUUAACACAGAGGAUUCUUACUCUUGCCGUUGCCUGAAAGGAUUUACCCUGAAUCCAGAUAAGAAAACUUGCAGACGCAUCAACUACUGUGCACUGAAUAAACCAAACUGUGAGCACGAAUGCGUCAACACAGAGGAGGGUUAUUAUUGCCGCUGCCGCCGAGGCUAUACACUGGACCCCAACGGCAAGACCUGCAGCCGGGUGGAUCACUGUGCACAGAACAACCAUGGCUGUGAACAGCUGUGCCUCAACACGGAGGAGUCCUUCGUCUGCCAGUGCUCGGAAGGCUUCCUCAUCAACGAGGACCUCAAGACCUGCUCCAGAGUGGAUUACUGCUUGCUGAGUGACCAUGGCUGUGAACAUUCCUGCGUCAACACGGACACAUCCUAUGCCUGCCAGUGCCCCAAGGGACACGUGCUCCGCAGCGAUGGAAAAACCUGUGCGAAAUUAGAUUCGUGUGCUUUGGGCGACCACGGCUGUGAACACUCAUGUGUAAGCAGUGGAGAGUCUUUCGUGUGCCGAUGCUUUGAAGGAUAUGUCCUCCGUGAAGAUGGAAAAACCUGCAGAAGGAAAGAUGUCUGCCAAGCAGUAGACCAUGGCUGUGAACACGUUUGUGUGAAUAGUGAUGACUCCUACAUCUGCAAGUGCUUGGAGGGAUUCCGGCUUGCUGAAGAUGGAAAACACUGCAAAAGGAAGGAUGUCUGCAAGUCGACACACCACGGCUGUGAACACACUUGUGUUAACAAUGGCGAUUCGUACAUCUGCAAAUGCUCACGGGGAUUUGUUCUUGCCGAGGAUGGGAGACAGUGCAAGAGAUGUACUGAAGGCCCAGUUGACCUGGUCUUUGUGAUUGAUGGGUCCAAGAGCCUUGGAGAAGAUAAUUUUGAGAUUGUGAAGCAGUUUGUCAUCGGAAUUAUAGAUUCCCUGGCAGUUUCCCCCAAAGCCGCUCGUGUGGGGCUGCUCCAGUAUUCGACGCAGGUUCGCACAGAGUUCACCCUGAAAACCUUCAGCUCGGCCAGGGACAUGAAGAAAGCCGUGGCCCACAUGAAGUACAUGGGCAAGGGCUCUAUGACGGGGCUGGCCCUCAAACACAUGUUUGAGAGGAGUUUCACCCAAGUAGAAGGGGCCAGACCUCUGUCCACCCGAGUGCCCCGAGUGGCCAUCGUGUUCACCGACGGGCGUGCUCAAGACGAUGUCUCCGAGUGGGCCAGCAAAGCCAAGGCCAAUGGUAUAACCAUGUAUGCGGUUGGGGUAGGGAAGGCCAUCGAGGAGGAACUGCAGGAGAUUGCCUCUGAGCCCACAGACAAGCAUCUCUUCUACGCUGAAGACUUCAGCACGAUGGGCGAGAUAAGUGAAAAAGUAAAGAAAGGCAUAUGUGAAGCUCUGGAGGACUCGGACGGAAGUCAUGACUCCCCAGCAGGAGAAAUACCGAAGAGGGUCUACCAGCCAACAGAAUCUGAGCCAGUCACCAUAAAUAUCCGAGACCUACUUUCCUGUUCUAAUUUUGCAGUGCAACAUAGAUAUCUGUUUGAAGAAGACAAUUUUUCACGGUCUGCACAAAAACUUUCCCAGUCGACAAAAGCUGCAGGAAACCCUUUGGAAGAAAAACACGAUCAAUGCAAAUGUGAAAACCUUAUAACGUUCCAGAACCUUGCAAAUGAAGAAGUAAGGAAAUUAACACAGCGCUUAGAAGAAAUGACGCAGAGAAUGGAAGUCCUGGAAAAUCGCCUGAGAUACAGAUAGAAGAUUAGGAAUGGCCAGCAUAUUUGUACAUGACGUUGCCUCAAGGAUCACCAGGAAGUCACUCAGAGCCCACAGCUGAGGCUAUCCAUCUGUCUGUAAUGUUGUGAAUAUAGCAGUUAGUACUAAGAAAAGCUGGUUUGAUAGAAUGAAGAUAAGGAGAUGUUAUUUGUAUAAAUUUAUUUAGGAAAAAAAUCUUUGAUUUCUAAAAUGAGUUCGCCAAUGGAGAAUAAAUAAGCUAUGCAAGGUAUUUUGUAAUAUACUGUGGACCUGAUUUGCUUCUGCCCCUUCCUGCCUUAGAGUGUUGCAAUCUCAUCUGACUCCAAAAUAAAGCCUGCACAGUCUUACUUCUGUAGAACCCUGACCACAGGAAAAGCUAUUUUUUUGUAUUGGACUUUAUCUUGAUAUAUGUAUAUGGAUGUAUACGUAAAAUUGUACAACCUAUGAACUUAUAUAACAAAUCCGAUUUUUUUAAAUAUACUGCAUUAAAAUUCACCACUUCAGA